AUGCAAUUUAUCCCCAGUACAGGGAGAAUACUGAAAAGAGGGAGGUGUGAUGAGUGCAAAAGAAGGAAGAAACGAUGUGUAGGGGAUGGUCCAGUUUGCGAUUUUUGCAAGAAGAAAGGUUUGAAUUGUAACAAUUAUGAUGCUUUACAAAUAGUUCAAUUUGAAGGACCACAGAGGAAGAAACAAAAGGAGUCACCACAGUUGGAAAUUGAUUCAAAGGGGAAACAAGAUGAAGAUCGUGUGGCUGAACAUCCAAAAGCUUUUCCUCAUAAAGAUUCCUCAGGGAUAUCAAUGGAUUAUCAUAAACUCACACCUUCAGCUUUGGUGAAUUUGGUUAAAGAGAACUUACCAAAGAAUGGUAAUGGUUCUUGUUAUCUCAAUUUUGAUGGAUUAGCUGUGGAUAAUGCACCAACUAUAUAUCUACCUAGAAAGAAAUGGGUAAAAGAUUCUGAUCAACCUCCCAUUUUACAAGAUGAAACAACAAUCAAAAUAUUUGAUAAAGAAACUACGAUACCCAAAGAAUUUUCUUUGAUAGACUUUUUGUUAUCUUCUACAAGGGUGAAUUUAGUGGAUUUAGCAACUUGUCAUUUAGAAGAACCUGUUAGCUUUGAGGAAAUUGACAGAUUCUUGAAAGCUAGUAAGAGCAAAAGAACCAUAGACACAUUAAAAGAACGUGGAUAUUUAGUUGCUUCCAAGACAUCAAACUUGAGGGGAUCAUCAUACACUCCACAAUCACCGAAUGCACCUGUUUGGACACCAUCACCAAGAACUAAAACCACCAGCAUUGAUGAUAUUGAAUUUGUUAUUGAUUUGGAAAAUUUGAAAAGUCAUUAUUAUGUACAGAAAGCUGCCAUUGCAAUUGAAAAUCCUGAGGAUGCAACUAAGAAAUUUUCAAAUUUACCAGAUUUCAUUGAUCCAGUUUUCGCUAAUGAGUUAUUCCAAAGAUUUUGUGCUAUAUCUCAAGAUGCCAAUUAUACUGGAGAUUUAGCCUUAACAUCUUUCGCUGCAUUUGAAGGAAGCUCAGGCAUAGAUAAAGAUUCAGUCAAGAUAAAUUUCCUUAAAGUUUGUUUACCUCUGAUAUUUGGUAAUGUUACUGUGUUAAAAUGCGUAUUGGUACUCUCAUAUUAUCAUUGGAGAAACAAUGAACCUGAAAAUGAAUUUCUGAAAUCAAAAGAGAGAAUUAUCAAAGAGCUCCAUAUAUGUGCUUUGGAAGAUUUACAAGAAAGAGUACAAAAUUGUUUUUCAUUAUGCUGCGAUCAUAGUUUAUUAGCUGUCGUGCUAUUGAUGUCCACUGAGGUGAUUAAUGGAUUGAAAGGAAAAUUAUGGGUGAAAUUGUUGAAAUUUGUGAGAAGUAUGAUUGUUAUUCGAGGUGGUGUGUCGAAACUGACUGAGAACUUGACAGGAUUAUGCCUGAUGAAAUUACUAUCUGUCCAUUUUGCAGCUGGUGGGCUUUGUUCUUUCCAAUCCAACAUCGGUAAUGACAAUUCCAAUGAAUUUGACAAUGCAAGUGACUCUAUAAGUCUUGUUAAUUUCUUCAACAUCUUGGACUCUCAUCCACAACUUGACUUUUAUGAUAAUUUGAACUAUAAUUCAAAGCUGGGGUUGAAUGAUACCAAAGGAAUUGUUAGGAUAUAUGGUCAUAUCACUCAGAUGUACAAUCUAUCCACAGUUUCAUAUGAUGCAAAUAAUAGUUCCGUUGUCACUGAUCCUUCAUUAAAGCUGUAUGGUGAUUAUGAUUCGGUGAGUUUGACUAAUUUAGAAUUUGUCCUUCAAGAAUCAGAAAGGAUUGAAAAGUUGAUAUCAGAAACUUCCAUGAAUUCAAACUGGGAUCAUCUAAUAAUUCCAUUCCAUCAUAAAUUACAAUCUACAUUUGCUCAAAAAGCAUCAUUAUUAUAUUUAUAUCAAACUGUUUAUAGACAAACUUCAUUAUCGCCAAAAACAAUUCUUUUAGUGAAAAGCUUGUUGAAAGAUGUUGAACAGUUGUUUGGGGAGUUGAAAUUUUUAUCUCCAGAGGAAAGCCAGAAAUCGGUUCUUUUCAUUUUACCUCUUUUUGUGCUAGGUGUGGACUUGAUAUCAACUCACAAGAGAUCUUGGUUUAAAGACGAAUUGAUGAACCUAUACAGUUUGACCAAAAAAGAACCUUUGAGAACUUGUGUUGAAGUGCUAGAAAAAGUUUGGGAAAUAAACAGUACUGGCACAAUGUUUGUUGAUUGGAGGAUGUUGUCAUAUAAGCAUUCCAUGUUUAUAUGUCUUUGUGUUUGA